UUUUAUUAUAGACUGACAUCACACAGGGCGCUAAAAUACUUACGAGGCAUACAAACCUCAUUAUCAUAUCCAAGCGCGUUAUACCUUCGAUACAAAAACAGUUGAGGAAAUUACUAAAAUAAAAAAUAGGAGGAACUGAUGCCGCAGUAAGCACGUAUUUUAUAGGAGGUGGUGAGAAAGAAAGUGAGGGGAUUGUGAGAGAGCGCGAGAGAGAGAGAGAGAAGAAAGAGAGGAGGGACAAGAAGGGGAGGAGGGAGCGCGAGUAAAAAGAAAUUCAUAGCAAUUAAUAAUAAAAAGAGUUGGCAGUAGUGCUUGGAAAACUGGCAUGGAUUUUGGAGGCUGGCAGUUCAAAGUUGAAACGUCAGAAAUGACUCCAGUAGACUGUUGAGAUGAUCAUUAAGGGAGACUUAGGACGGAUGGUAGAAGAGCUCGGGCAUCCAGGUGGAGGUUUGAAGACGAUGCUGGAUGCCAUGGAAGCCCCCAGUCAUGCUAGACACCUCCUCCUGCAGCUCAACACGCAGCGCACCAAAGGCUUCCUCUGCGACGUCAUCAUCGUGGUGCAGAACGCCCUCUUCCGCGCCCACAAGAACAUCCUGGCCGCCAGCAGCCUCUACCUGAAGUCCCUGGUCGUCCACGACAACCUCAUCAACCUGGACCACGAGAUGGUGAGCCCGGGGGUCUUCCGGGUCAUCCUGGACUACAUCUACACAGGCCGGCUGGGAGAGGCUGAGCCAGGACCAGGGGCGGGCCCGGAGCCCAGCCUAGCGGCGGUGCUGGCUGCAGCUAGCUACCUGCAGCUGCUGGACUUGGUGGCGCUGUGCAAAAAGAGGCUGAAGCGGACGGGCAAGUACCACCCGCGACCUGACCUGCUGCCCUAUGAGAAGAUGGGCCCUGGCAGAGAGGCACGCUUCCGCUCCGCCACCCCGGUCAUCCAGGCCUGCAUCGCCGGGGGCGUGGCCAGCAGCCACCCCUCACGAGUGGCACCAGGGGACCCACUGGCCACCCAUGUGGGGGAGCUGUAUGUCCCCGCUACCUCUCAGGGCUCCCUGGCCUACUCGGCCCUAUCUUCGGCUCUGCCGCUGCCCUUGGGUCUCCGUCCCCCCCGGCCAGAGAGGGGCUGCUCCCCCGACUAUGGCUUGGACCUUUCCAAGAAGAGCCCCACCCCUCAGGCCCAGCAGGUAGCUGCACACAUCUCCCACUCAGCCCUGCGGCGUGAUGAUACCCAGAGGGGCGAGCUAAUUGGGCAUAACAGCCCCAGCGGCAUCAACGGGGACCACACAGACGGAGACCCAGCCUUCCGGAUCAGGAUGGAGUCCGACGACACCACGGGUGACCUGGGCGACCUGGUGUCACCCUCCUACCCCCACCUCAGCCAGCCAUUCGGCCCCCACCUGCCCACUCUGCAGCGCUCCCUCUCUCGUGGCAGCGAGUCCUACUUCUGCCCUACCGCUCUCGACAGCUGGGUGAAGCGCGAGCCUCCGGUCUUCGGGGGCGAGGAUGAGGAGGAGGGCGACGAUGAAGAGGAAGACUCCAGCGGGGGGGCGGAGCUCCGAAACCGCCGCAAGACCGUCGAGGACAAGCUAGGCGUCGAUGAUAAGAGUGGCACAGCCAGCGAAGAGUCAGGCAGCAGUGAGGGCCACCCGUCUCCCCCGGGGGUCCUGGAGCGCUUCCAUCCAGCAUAUGAGCCUGAGAGCUUCGGGGACAACCUGUAUGUGUGCAUCCCAUGUGACAAGGGCUUCCCCAGCUCCGAGCAGCUCAAUGCCCAUGUGGAGACGCACAACGAGGAGGAUCUGAGUGGAGAGCCGGCCAGCAGCAAUGGCAGCGGCGGAGGAGGAAACAUCAACAGCAACAACAGCAGUGGGUGUCUGAACAGCCUGCCGUACCCAGAGGGCAAGAGCUGCCCGAGCCUGCCUGCCCUGGGGGAGACCAUGCGGCCGUACCGCUGCUCCAACUGCGACAAGUCGUACAAGGACCCGGCGACACUGCGGCAGCACGAGAAGACGCACUGGCUGACGCGGCCGUACCCCUGCAGCAUCUGCGGGAAGAAGUUCACGCAGCGCGGCACCAUGACUCGCCACAUGCGCAGCCACCUGGGCCUCAAACCCUUUGCCUGCGACGCCUGCGGCAUGCGCUUCACGCGGCAGUACCGCCUGACGGAGCACAUGCGCAUCCACUCGGGCGAGAAGCCCUACGAGUGCCAGGUGUGCGGCGGCAAAUUUGCCCAGCAGCGCAACCUCAUCAGCCACAUGAAGAUGCAUGGCGUGGGCGUGGGCAGUGCCGCUGACGGCAAGCUGAAGGUGGACUUCGCCGAUGCCCUCUUCCCGCUGGGCCUGAAGCCAGAGGCCAUGGAGGGCCUCUUCCCACUGUCCAAGUUGGCCGCCCAGCACCUGGGGCUCACCCACGACAAGAUGGACGCCCUGGGCCAGACGCUGUCCCUGCAGCCGCAGCAGCUGACCCCCGACCUGCGCACCAUUGACCGCUACUCCCCCAGCUAAAGCCUGCUACACCAUGAGGCCAGAGUUGCUGUGGCGAUGAAUUCUGACCUCUGUGUCACCACGUAGCCAGCAAGACUUAAGAGGCCUAAAUGUAAAACACACAACCAAGCCAUGCAGACCUCUAAAAAAGUGCCUUUUAAAGGGAUAUUGUGCUAAUUUAUAUUCUUUUUUUUUACCUAAGGACUCACACAAUACAGUGUUUGAUUAAAAAAAAGUAUUAUUUUAGCUGUCGAGCCAAAACCGAAUUGAUUUUUAUUUUUUUUUUUAUUUAACAUGUUCAGAAUCCAAAGACCAUGAGUACAAAUAGCAGCCGUGCCCUGGGUAUGCAGCAAUGCAAGUGUUAUGAAAGAAUGGAAAAAGGGAGAGAAAUUCAUGGCUUCUUUGCUGAGGGAAGGAGAAACCUGAACAUGGGGGAAUAACGGCAGCCAAUGGGAGUCUCCAGCAGAUGUAAACCUGACGGAUUGUCAGAUAGUCUGUGUGGAAGCGGCUCUGCAGCCAAGCCUUUGGACGGCGCACGGCGUAGCCCUGCUGGAAAUGGUUCACCCCAGCCGCUCGCUCAAGCGGCCUUCCUCCUCUGCGUUUCCUUCCAGACUGAGCGUGUUCGUGCAGCAGAGGCUUGAAUGUAAGGGCAGUAAUUAGCACCCGGUCAUUCCUCCUAUAGGUCUCCACGGCAUUAGCAUGAGAUGCUAAGGGCUAUUUAUUGUCACUAUUGAAUACAGUUAUGCCCACGUGCCUUUGUCUCGCCAGCAGAAGUAGCAGUCCUGCAUGAACGCCUUUGCCAAGCAGGAUGCUUUAAUCCUGAGGUCAGUGUGAGGGCUGCACAGAGAGCUGAAUCGGCCCUUAGGGGACGCUGCACUCGGGGGGGCCUCCUCAAUAUACCAUAAGGCAGAGACAGGGCCCAAAUUGCCCUGUGCAGUGCUGAUACAGGCAGGGUUUCUGACUGUGGGUGCUAAUCGGCGCCCCCCUCCCCCGCCUUCCCUCGCCUUUGAGGGCCUGCUAGUUGGACAGCCCAGCUGGCCCAGAGCAGCACUAAUUCCCCGUGAAAUCUCACACCCUGCCCAGCGGCUUGUGUCCACCGCUGGCCUCCGUCCUCAUUUCACGGGCCAAAUGCCUCCCACGUGUUGCUUUGGCUCGAAACACAACACACACACGCGACCAUCCUGCGCCUAUUCUCUGCAACACACGUGUGAUUAAAUACCAGUAGGCACUCACAACAUGAUGACAGCCCAUUCCCCAAACCCUGCGCUGUAAAUCACAUGGACACCCUUCAGCUUCAUGACCAGUGCAGGGCUUUCUGCGCUUAGCAUGUGCUUACUGAUGAUGUUUUGAUAGCUAUGACGUGGUGGAGCCUCAUGGUUGACCUCCGGGGCACCGCCCAAUCGCGUGGCUUUGCCAUGAACCAAAUAGGCAGCACUUAACGGCUGGUGAGCAGGUUAAAGGUCCUGAUUAGGUCUGCCUAGGGUGGAGCCCUUCACGGUUAUGGAUAACUUCAGCGAUGCCCCGAACUCAGCAAUCAGGAUCUCAGACACUGUACCUCAUCGCAAGGGAAGCAGGAGCUGCUGAAGGCUUGUCUUAUAUCAGACUGUCUAACCACUAGAGACCAAUCCAGCCUUAUGGGCGAAUGUGAAGCGAGAAGCUCUGCAUGCCUGUGACACAUGUACUGUAGCAGCUGCCGUGGCGGGAGGAAGAACACGCGUGUAGCACAUCUACCUUUGACGACUAGCGACUUCUGUGGUAUAUCAGUGAAUCAAGGCUUUUUUCCUUUUCCUUCCCUCCAGACAAAACGCUUCUUUAUUCGAGCCAAGGCGAAGUGAAUGGGGUCUGGCUCAAGGCGGGGUUAUCAGGGACAUGAAGCUCCAUGGCAACGCACACAUAGACAUACAGAGACAGACAGACAGAAACACACAGACAUACAGACAGACAGACAGAAACACACAGACAUACAGAAACACACAUAUACAGACAGACAGAAACACACACAUAGAGAGAUAGACAGAAACACAUACAUAGAGAGAUAGACAGAAACACACACAGACAUACAGACUGACAGACAGAAACACGCACAGACACCCCUUCUGCUUACAUUUGGGAUGAUGGCUGUCUGUCUCUCACAUCUGUUCAAUCACAAGGCUUUUCCAGAGACCACAUCGACCAGUAAUGCCCCCCCCCCCCCGAUUAAUCAACAGUGAUCAGAUAGAUCUCCAGAUUUCCCAGUGACUCCAGUGCUUCCGAAACCAUGCCAGGGAACAAGCAGCCAUCAGCCCAGACGUCCGCAAGCAUCCGCCAGCCAGGCUGGGCAUGUAGGGAGUUUUAUUGUGCUUGUGUCAAAGGAAGCAACUGCGCACCCAUCCUGACUGAAUCCUGUGGAUAUUUCUUUUGUGAUUAUUAUGUUUAAAAUGUGUGUGUUUGAAGAGUUGCUAAUGAUUUUAUCUGAUUGUUUAGCUUUAAUGCAGUAUUUACACUUCUGUGACUCUUUUAUCAGACCUAUGCAAUUUCUAAGACAAUCGAGGUCCCGCAAGACAAUCCCUUAUAUUUCCCCUUGAAUGCUUUAUAAAGUAAUUUUUUGAUAACCUCUGUUUUGUACCUUAACAUCACACCAGUGUUGAGCCUGAGGUAUUUACCUGUCUGUCCAUGGAUAGAAUUGCACAGUAAUGCCUUAGCUGUAGUAUUGUGUAUGUUUUUGUUUUGUCGAAGAACAACAUGUGAUCUGCCAGUUCAAGUUUGCCAAAGAAACAACCAACCACUGAAUUCAUUUUGUGAAACUUAAACACAGAUGGAAGGGGGCGUGACCUUUACAUGACCAAUGGGCGGAGAGGCUGGGCAGUGUCCUUACAAGAGAUGCAUGUUUUAAAAAUGGAAACGGAAAGACAGGGCUAGGAUGUAUGACGAUACCAAAAAAAGGACCAAAAUACGGGGACUAGCUGUUUGUAAACGAAUUCAGAUCAGCGCACAGAUGACUAGUGGGCCAUAACUUCACGGACAUGGGUUAGCUGUCCAGGAUGACCAGAGCGAAUAUUCUGAUGCCCCCCCCCCAACCCCCCGUGUGCGUCGUUAGCAGCAGGCGCCUGCGUAAGAUAACCUGCGUGCUGACAGGCUCGGCCAAAGCCAUGGGCCCGCAGUGACAGAGACACAGAGUAUGAGCCAGCGGGGGUCCUCACUCUGGACGGGGUCUUUCGCAGCAGUCAGAACCACCAUAGGUGUCCAUGGGGGCAAAGUCAGAAAAGCAGCAGGAGAUGUGGAGCAAGCUGAAGGCAUGUCUGAGUGAGUGGGAAGGAGAGGCUGGCGGGACGGAGGCCCUGCCCCCCACCUUCUCCUGGCCUCACACCCCCCCCCCCCCGUCAGACAAAACACUGGGAGAAAAACAGGGAGCUAACAUUUCCAUGGCUGCUGCACAAGCUGCUGGGGGGGCCGGGGAAAAGCAGAGUUCUGGGUUAGGUUAGGGUUUGGGUUAGCCAAGACUUCUGGGAUGUGUGGGUGCAGUGUGUGUGUGGGAGCGGGUUAGUGGGUUUGCAGAUUGGCUCGGUCAAAUCUCAGGGCAGGAAGUUCUGUGUGUUUCUCCUCCAAAUUCAGGCGGGAGGGGGUUAUUAUGGAGGGACUCACUGGGCGGACCAGAGGCAUCGUCUAACAAUAGAGGGGCCGCCUGACCCCUGGGGCCUCCGUUGGGCUGAGGAAAAGCACACUGCCUGUCUUUUACUCGCCUGCUUUCCUUCCUCUUCCUCUCCUGCUGCAGAAAGCGCAGCUAUGUCUCCGAAGCUGCCCACUGGUGACCCCACGGCAGCACGGCAGCCCUGUCAGGGCAGAUAAACCCAGGCCAGAGUCACACUGGUGUGGGAGACAGUGGGGCACUGACGCAAAAUCAAACUGACAGAUGCGCUCUGAGGGGUGGGGAAGGGCAGCCCACACAGCAAUGUGAGGCUUGUGGUAGGUGGGCGGAGCCUCCAGCUGCAGGCAAAGCGAAUGGAAGGCCAGGCGUCCCCAAAGGGCGGGGGGGGGGGGGGUGUAGUGGCAUGGGAUGUGUGGUAACAGUCAGAGCCCCCGUUUUCGGCCAAAACACACCUGGGUGUGUUGCUUUCCCACUGUCCAGCAAAGGAGGGGGUGGACUCUAUAUUACAUCCAGAUGCAUUGAUUGGAAAACCACACCAUUCUAGGAGGGUGGGGGCACAAACUGUGGCAUUCACACCGCUAGCCAGCACUUGCACCUAAUCCUCACUCUGCAGUCGGCUUCCUCCCUGGGACCCCCCCCACCCCCCCCACCCCCGCACUCACUCUGGCCCACAAUCUCUGCUCCCUCCACAGCCGGCCCACUAACCCCGCCCCCCCAUUUCGAGGUCCCCUCCAGCUGUUUCUCAUCCUGAAGAAGACAGUUGUCAAAAUGUUUAUGUGAACAACCGCUCUCUCUUCUUUAACGCCCCGAUCGAAUUCCCCGAACUUCCACGGCAAAAUGUCAAAAUAUCCCCAGGACGAGAUGGUCCAGCGCACAGGGCAUCGUCACUUUUCCAUAAAAAACUAAGGGACAGAGGGGACUUGAAAGCUUAAAUUUAUAGAUGCAAAAAAAAAAUUCUAUGAUGAAUUGGAAGGAGGAAGGACAGAGGAGGGCAGGCAGGCAGAAGGGAAUGACAGAAAAUGCGUUUGUGAAGCUGAACAUGAAGGAUGGAUGCAGGGACGGAUGGACAGAGACAGAACGGCCAAAAGUGUAUGGACAGGAGAAAGGGGGGCACAGACUCGGGGGGGGGGAUACUGAUCACCUGAAAAGCACAAACUUUUGGGGUGGGGCUCACUAAAUAAGCUGUCAGUGUUACAUUCUGAUUAAGGUCAAACCUUCUGCUCACUUUUAUAAAAACCAUUAAGUUUAAACAUCACUUCCUCUUGUUUUUUAGUUCAAAAAUGACUUAAAAUGCAAAACACAUGAAAGCAACCAGUAUUCUACAUUACAUUGUGUUCAUAUGGUCUUCUUUGCUUUAAUGAAAUGAAUGUAUUUAUUGCAUGUCGAAAUGUUUUAUAUUUCAAUUUUUGUAGAAAUUUCAACCGUGGGUUAUUUCUUCUGAUUUCUAUGUCAUAUUGAAUAAUGCUGAAGGGCUUUUUUGUUAUAAAAGCCACAGUGAACGUGUUACACGAUUGUCAGUUUCUAUAUUCUAAGUCAAUUUGGCAAUAAAAUGAACUGCAGAAAUUAUAAAACAA